AUGUCGACACUAAACUCGCACCUCCCAUGGACCACGUCCCCCCUCCUCAUCAACGCCCCCAUGUCCGGUUUCGCGGGCGGCCACCUUGCAGCCGCCGUUUCGCUCGCCGGCGGCCUGGGUUUAAUCGGCGGAGUAAGAGAUAUGGGCGAGGUACGCCGGGAACUCGAUAUCGCUGCCGAAUUACUGGGCCAGAUACGCGGAGUGGGGACGAUGAAGGUGGGCGUGGGGUUCCUGCCGUUUGCGAUGGAGUUGGCCGAGGUGCUGGAUGUGGUUAAAGAGUAUAAGCCAGCGGUUGUGUGGCUUUUUGCGUCGAAGACGCUGGGGGGGUAUAAGGAGUGGGUUGAUGGUGUACGCAGGGUUUCGCCGGAGAGUAGGGUGUGGGUGCAGCUAGGGAGUGUAGCGGCGGCGUUGGAGGUUGCGAGGGGGGCGAGGCCCGAUGUUCUUUGUUUGCAAGGUGCGGAUGCGGGGGGCCAUGGGUUUGAGAAGGGUGCUUCAAUUGUUUCGCUGGUACCUGAGACGGCGGAUGCGUUGGCUGCGGCGGGGUUUGCGGAUAUUGCGCUGGUCGCGUCGGGGGGGAUUGUGGAUGGAAGGGGGGUUGCGGCUGCGCUUGCGUUGGGGGCGCAGGGUGUAGUGAUGGGUACGAGGUUUUUGGCGUCAAAAGAGGUCAAGGUGCAUCCAAAGUAUCAAGCUGCGAUUUUGGAGGCGCAGGAUGGUGGGCAAGUGACUACGCGGUCGAAGUUGUUUGAUCAGCUGCGUGGUCCGAAUAUUUGGCCUGAGCUGUAUGAUGGACGGGGCUUAGUUGCGCAGAGUCAUAGGGAUUUUGCGAGUGGGAUGAGUCUGGAGGAGAUUCAGAGAUUGCACAAUCAAGAGGCUGCAGGUGAAGACAAAGGAUAUGAUACAGGACUGCAAGGCCGUGCGGCGAUAUGGGCCGGCACAGGCGUGGGGUUAGUAAAUCAAAUCCAGAGCGCGAGAGAUAUCGUGGAAAAGAUACGGGAAGAGACAAAAGAUGUCUUACUUCGAGUAGCAAACGUGUAA